AUGGCGGCACGAGCUGUCGACUUCCCUCUCUUUUCUCGCCUCCCUGCUGAGCUCCGCGUGCAGAUCUGGGAAGAGACCUUGCCGAAGUUCGUACGUCCUCUGUACUUCUACAGGGCGGGUUGUUGGACACUGGAAAAUGUGGGCAAGACGGGAGUGGAUGUCAGGUUCAACCAUCGUUUGCUAAGCAUCGACUUUGAAGUUCCAAUCCUAUCAGUUAAUCGGGAAGCAUUCCGAGUUACACUCAGUUCGAUGAAGAGCCAGGGUAUCAACGCCCAUGUCACAGUCAAGAAGUCGAUCGUCUUCAGACGGUCUUUCAAUCCAAAGCUUGAUACAUUGUUUAUAUCCGAAGAUCAAUUCAGGGACUUUUUCUGGGAGCCAGUCAACGUUAUCCUUUCUGAAAGAGGAUUUGAGAAUAUUGCCAUCAGCUGCACCGAACCUGCCCCUAUGCGUCUUGCAGUGUCACGUCUGAUCGGCGAAACAAAAGAUUCAUUUCUUAGCGAGCUAUUCCAGCACACAUUCCAUCGAAAUACCCAAAAGCUGGUUCUUGUUAACAAUGCCGGAGUUCUCUCGAACAAAAGACGAGCAUCACAGCAGCACUGGGAGUUGAAUAGCGCCCUCAGCACCCCAAAGUUUGUGUGGAACAACGCCGGUGACCACUUUGAAGGGGCCGAAGGAAUCAGCGAUAGCGAACGGAAACUCUUGAGAGGGCUGAAUCGAGGUGCCGCUGAUGGGAUGACCGACGGGUUGGGAUGGGAUAAGGAUCACAAGCUUGAGGUCCACCUUGCCACCGCUAUCAAGAUGAAAUUAUAA